AUGGAGCGGUACCUGGGCCACCGCUACCCCGGGCUGGUGAAGAUCGUGCGGAACCACAAGAGGGAGGGGCUGAUCCGCGCCCGUCUCCAGGGGUGGAGGGUCUCCAGCGCCCCCAUCAUCGGCUUCUUCGAUGCUCACGUUGAGUUCAACGUCGGCUGGGUGCAGCCGGUCCUGAGCCGGAUCAGUGAGGAUCGCAGCCGCAUCGUGCUGCCGGCCAUCGACAACAUCAAGUACAACACGUUUGAGGUGCAGCAAUACGCCAGCGCUGCCCACGGGUACAACUGGGGCCUGUGGUGCAUGUACAUCCUGCCCCCACAUGCAUGGUUGCAGCAGGAUGACCAGGCCGCACCCAUACGGACGCCGGCAAUGAUUGGCUGCUCCUUUGUGGUGGACCGGGAGUAUUUUGGUGAGAUCGGCCUCCUUGACCCGGGGAUGGAGGUCUACGGCGGCGAGAACAUUGAGCUGGGCAUGAGGGUGUGGCAGUGCGGAGGUAGCAUGGAGGUGCUGCCGUGCUCGCGGGUCGCCCACAUCGAGCGCACCAAGAAGCCGUACAACAACGACAUCGAUUACUACGCCAAGCGUAACGCGCUCCGCGCCGCUGAGGUCUGGAUGGACGACUUCAAAUCCCACGUCUACAUGGCUUGGAACAUCCCCAUCAACAACCCGGGGGUUGACUUUGGGAACGUGUCGGAGCGCGUGGCGCUACGCAAGAGGCUGAACUGCCGGAGUUUCCAGUGGUACCGAGACAAUGUCUACCCAGAGAUGAGGAUGUACAACAACACCCUGACCUACGGAGAGGUGAGGAACAGCAAGGUGAGCGGCUACUGCCUAGACCAGGGCCAGGAGGAAGAUGACAUGGCCAUCCUCUACCCCUGUCAUGGAAUGACAUCUCAGUUGGUCCGCUACACCACUGAGGGGCUGCUGCAACUGGGCCCGUUGGGGUCAACACGCUUCCUGCCCGACACCAAGUGUGUAGUGGACGAUGGCAAGGGCCGGAGCCCCAGGCUGAGGACAUGCGAGGAGGUGGACAGGCCCGGACAAAGGCUCUGGGACUUCACACAGAACGGGCCGAUCGUCAACAGAGACUCAGGCCGCUGCCUGGAGGUGGAGAUGGUGAAAGACGCCAACUUCGACCUGAGACUAUCCUUGCAGCGAUGCUCUGGCCAGAAGUGGCUGAUCAGGAACUGGUUCAAGCAGGGCAAACACUGAGAGCCGGACAGAGGAGCCUGCCCUGCCCACCUUUGUUACCCUACGGCCAACCGACUGACUGACCGACUGCCCAGAGGUGACCCUGGGGAUCGGAGAGGGGGCUGCACCCUCCGUCUUGGUGAAGUAACUUUGGUCAACGCUGGCCGAGCGAGCGUCUGCAAGGAGUUGACUGGGACAGUAAUGAUGUGCCUUUUCCACACACAUAUAAACUUACUGACUGGAUACCUGUCUCGGUAGCAUGAGUGACCUGUUGUAUCGGGACAGAGUACUGUAAGUAAUAAAGUCUGAAACAAAUUUAACCUAUUCAA